AUAUUUUCUGCGUAUGAGGAUCACAAAAUAACGUUAUUUAUUGAGGGCACGGUCUCAUCUUAUUUGCCGUUAGAAGGCGAAAUACUCGACCUGCUGGUCAAUUAGCGUCAUUACACUGACAUUGCUUAAUAACCAAUAUCAUAACUAGUAUAGACGGCAACUUAAAUUAACAACUAAAAAUUGUAUAUUAUGCCACUCAUCUUUAAAAAAUGCAAAAGAUUAAUCGUUUUUAACUUUGCAUUUGCUGAGUUUUACCUGUUUCUCGUAGUUAUUACCUUGGAUGAGUAAUAACUAAACGUGAUCUUGUAAGGAGAGACGUCUUGGCAAGAAAGAAGGCCCUCAUUUAUUUCUGUUACCAUGGUGCUGUUACUGCAUAAAGGUGAAACAUGACAACAUAUCUAAAGUGGCUGUGGCAAAAGGUUUCAUCUUUAAGCCGCAGUAAACAUCUGCAUAUUUGUAGACAAGGACUGGGUUGGCCCACUGAAUCAGACGUUUAAAACAACCCAAUAAAUGGCAUUUUUUCUAAGCUAAAAGAAAGUGCCGUUUUGACGCACAGGACCCGUUUCUGGAAAGAGUUUUGACCCCUCUCGACCCGGAAGCUGACGCUGCAGGCUGAGCUGUUGUACGGACAGACGACAGACUCGUUCCAUCGGUGGAGUAAAGAUGGCUGAUCAAGGCGCCGCAGAUCCUGGAAAUGACAAUAAUCUGAAAAGCGAAGCCUCGGAGGGCACCACCAUGAAGGUCACGGUGAAAACGCCGAAAGAUAAAGAAGAAAUCGCCAUCGCAGAGAACGCAUCCGUGACCCAGUUUAAAGAAGCAAUUUCCAAGAGAUUCAAGGCCAAGCAGGACCAGUUGGUUUUGAUUUUUGCUGGGAAGAUCCUGAAGGAUGGAGACAGCCUGAGCCAGCACGGAAUCAAAGACGGCCUGACAGUUCAUCUGGUUAUUAAGACAGCAAACAAGGAAGGAGACGGUGGAAGCACCUCAGCCUCUAGUUCAGCCACCGCCCCCAGACCCACAACAGGGUCCCCUAGCACAGCGCCGCCACUCACACAGCCACCCAACCUGCUCUCUGGUUUUGGUGACCUGUCUGGAUUGGCUUCACUUGGGAUGGGCUCCGGGAACUUUAUGGAGCUUCAGCAGCAGAUGCAGAGACAGCUGAUGUCCAACCCAGAGAUGCUCUCACAGAUUAUGGAGAACCCUCUGGUCCAGAACAUGAUGUCCAACCCAGACCUAAUGAGGCAGAUGAUCAUGGCCAACCCCCAGAUGCAGCAGUUGAUGGAGCGCAACCCCGAGAUCUCUCACAUGCUUAACAACCCUGAGCUCAUGAGACAGACUAUGGAACUAGCCAGAAACCCAGCCAUGAUGCAGGAAAUGAUGCGUAACCAAGACCGUGCGCUGAGUAACUUGGAAAGCAUCCCAGGUGGCUACAAUGCCCUGCGGAGGAUGUACACAGAUAUACAGGAGCCCAUGCUCAGUGCUGCCAGGGAACAGUUUGGUAACAACCCGUUUUCAGCUCUUGGUGGUGGCUCUGAGUCCGGUGCUCAGCCGUCACGGACAGAGAACAGGGAGCCUCUGCCUAAUCCAUGGGGACCCCAAGGUUCGACUAACCCCUCUGAGAGUGGUGGAGGCUCUACUGGAAGCACAGCCCCCUCAGCUGGCACCAACGCUUCUGUGUCCAACCCACUGGGUAUCAACCCCGGGGGCCUCGGAAACGUCAUGUUUAACAGUCCAGGCAUGCAGAGUCUACUGCAGCAGAUCUCUGAAAACCCUCAGCUAAUGCAGAACAUGCUAUCAGCCCCGUAUAUGCGCAACAUGAUGCAGUCACUGUCUCAAAACCCAGAUUUGGCUGCACAGGUCAUGAUGAAUAAUCCCUUGUUCGCCGGAAACCCACAGCUACAGGACAUGUUCAGGUCUCGGCUGCCCUUCUUUCUGCAGCAGAUGCAGAAUCCAGAUGCCCUGACAGCAAUGACUAACCCCAGAGCCAUGCAGGCUCUCCUCCAGAUCCAGCAGGGGCUACAGACGCUUCAGACAGAAGCGCCAGGCCUCAUGCCCAGUUUGGUGCCUGGUGGCAUUCCUGGUAUCCCCACUGCAACAGGCAUGACCCCGGAAAACCCUGCCUCCUCACCCAGCAGCGCACCAACAACAGCCACAACAACACCUCCACCACCGCAACAACAACAACAACAACAACAACAACAACCACAACCAAACGCCGCCCAGCAACAGCUCAUGCAACAGAUGCUCCUGAUGUUCGCGGGGGGAAGCGGAGGAGGAACUACAACGAACGUGACCCCAGAGGUUCGGUUCCAGUCGCAGCUGGACCAGCUGAACGCCAUGGGCUUCAUCAACAGAGAGGCCAAUCUUCAGGCCCUCAUCGCCACAGGAGGAGACCUCAAUGCCGCUAUCGAGAGACUGCUGAACUGACAGCCCCCUUAAAAGACCCACAGCGCACACAGACAUACACACACACAAGUACUCGAGCAUCGACAGAGCACCAAGAGAUGUGGUCCCAAAUUUAACCGAAGAAACUUGGGCAGCCUCGGGCUCCAUUUGUCUCCAGGUCAUUCCCAUACUUUGUUUUUGGUCUCAUCACACAUUUGUCCUCAGUGUUUAAGUGGAGACGGACUGCCGACGACCCUCACAGCGUACUACACCACCCUCCCCCCCCUCAGCAACUGUAUUUUACUAUUUAUUUGAAGCGCUUAACAGAUGACGUCAUCCGUUCGGCCCCCAACUUUCAAUUUGUCAUUCCAGGUAAAAGUGCCCAAAACCCUUUGGUCCACUGUGUCUUUUCUCUGAGGCACCACUGCUGUGCCUUCUGUACUCUCCUGCCCUAUCAGAGACAUCUCAGCUAACUCCACGCAGGCAGGUCGCAGCGGCCUCAAUCACGGCCCCUGAGCAAAGUCUCCACAGCGACCUUGUCAUUUGACCUAUUACCAAUGAUCAGAUUGCAUCAGUCAGAAGCAGAUGGUGCUGUCAGGAAUGAUGGUGGAGCUCUCCUUUGAUUUAAUCUGAUUCUCUCUUCAUUUAUAGGUAUAAGAAAGUGAAAAAUAAAAAUAAUGAAAAAUC